AUGGAAACCCAUGCAAGAAGUGCCAAUAGUAGGGGCAGGCAGCCGCAAAAUGAGGCUAGCGAAACUAACAACCUCAACGGGCAGUUCAUGCAGUUCAUUGAUGCCACUCACAACAUGACGCCACUUGCCACACCACCAGUUGCACCUCCCCAAGAAAACCUAAGAAACAAUGCUACCUUAGUAGACCAGUUUUGGAAGCUUCAACCUCCAACUUUCGAGGGUGGGUUAGACCCUCUAGUAGCUGAAGAUUGGAUAGCAACAAUUGAACGGAUCUUUAAUCUCAUAGAUUGUCCAGACCCUAGGAAGUUCAAGGAACUUUUUCUUAAGAAGUAUUACCCCGCUAACAUUCGUAACCAGAAGGAAGCAGAGUUCCUCAUGUUAAAACAAGGUAGCUUGACCUUGAUUGAAUACGAAAGGAAGUUUGAUGAGCUAUCACGUUUUGCCCCUGCCUUAGUGGAUACAGAACAAAAGAAGGCAAGGCGCUUUGAACAAGGGUUGAGAGAUGAUUUACGGCAGGCAGUCGUAACUUUUGAGUUAGGCACGUAUCAUGAGGUGCUAGCUAAGGCUCAACUGGCGAACUUUAGAGAAAGCUCCAGCAGCAAUAGCAAGCUACCGCAGUCUGGACCACUAGAAAAACGUAAGUGGGAGGAUAAAGGUAAAGGAAAGCAGGAUUAUUCGAAGAAGAAUAAAAAAGGUGGUCCAACAUCAGGGUAUUAUCAACUGAACCCAGUGUGUGGCAAAUGUCAGAAGCGUCAUACUGGACUGUGUCUCAUGGGAACCGGCGCCUGUUACAGUUGUGGUGAAAUGGGUCAUAUUGCCAAAUUCUGUCCCAAGGGUCAGGUAAAGAAACAGCAGCAACAACCAUAUCAACAGAAGCCAGGAAAUCCCCCUAAGGGGAAAGCUAGGGUGUAUGCACUCACAGGACAAAAGGAGGAUCAGGACCGCAACGUGUUGGCAGGUAACAUCCUCAUCUCUAGAAUACAUGCUUAUACUUUGUUUGAUUCUGGUUCCACCCAUUCUUUUAUAUCCCCUAAGUUUGCAAGUAAAUGCAAUGCACAUGUGGAACAUCAUUAA